UAUUUAAGUCAGACAUCGUGGCGUUUUAUAUGCACUGCUCUUUUUAUGGCUCAGACACAAACAAUCGAACGGGCUAUUUGAACAGUGUGAGUUGAGGGUAUUUCACUUGAUCUUCAGACCUACAGGAAACUAUGCCGCCCUUUAGCUUCCUAUAGACACCAGUCCCAAACAUAAUAAAGGCUCAAUCCAUAUUGCGUCUGCGGAUACAUCAUCUCUUCCUCCCAACAGCGCACUCCAAUUACACCUUUUAAUCCCUCGGAGCGAGUCAGGGCGGCUCUUUCCUCGCCGCGUGGGGUCCGCGUGGAUGCGCCAGAGGGGAGCUUCGCCCUCAUAGGGGAGGGACAAACCAAGUCAAGUUCGGAUCAGAUCAGGACGGAAGGAGCGCACCGGCAGAGCGAGACAGACGGCACCAGGGGAGAGACGCGCGUUUUCGUGCCAUUGCGCGUUAUUUGUUCCACUCGUCGAUUGGACAGACAGAGUUUCUCCAGAAGAAAGAAAAAAGUAAAGAGGAUCCUUAAACGACGCAGGGGAGAUGCGGCCGGCGGCGGGAUGGACUUUGCGUCUUCUUCUCGUGGGUAUGAUGGCGCAAGACUGCUGCUCAUCCAAGGCAGAGGACCGACUCUUCAGGAAGCUGUUCAGAAGAUACAACCAGUUCAUCAGGCCGGUGGAGAACGUCUCUGACCCUGUCACGGUGGAAUUUGAGGUCUCCAUCUCGCAGUUGGUCAAAGUGGAUGAGGUGAAUCAGAUCAUGGAAACAAAUCUAUGGCUCAGACAUGUUUGGAACGACUACAAGCUGCGAUGGAUGCCGGUGGAGUUUGACGGGAUCGAGUUCAUUAGAGUUCCUUCAAACAAGAUCUGGAGACCCGACAUUGUGCUCUACAACAACGCUGUAGGUGAUUUCCUCGUGGAAGAUAAGACCAAGGCUCUCCUGAAGUUUGAUGGCACCAUCACCUGGGUUCCUCCAGCUAUUUUUAAAUCCUCCUGCCCCAUGGACAUCACCUACUUCCCCUUUGACUAUCAGAACUGCUCCAUGAAGUUCGGCUCCUGGACUUAUGAUAAAGCCAAGAUUGACCUUGUACUUAUUGGGUCUAAGGUGAAUCUGAAAGACUUCUGGGAGAGCGGAGAGUGGGAAAUCAUUGACGCUCCUGGCUACAAGCACGAUAUCAAGUACAACUGCUGUGAGGAGAUCUACCCAGACAUCACCUACUCCUUCUACAUCCGGCGGCUGCCCCUCUUUUACACCAUUAACCUCAUCAUCCCCUGCCUCCUCAUCUCUUUCCUCACAGUGCUGGUUUUCUAUCUCCCAUCCGACUGUGGAGAGAAGGUCACGCUCUGUAUCUCCGUCCUGCUCUCCCUCACUGUGUUCCUGCUCGUUAUAACCGAGACAAUCCCCUCCACUUCGCUGGUCAUCCCGCUCAUUGGAGAGUACCUGCUCUUUACAAUGAUCUUCGUCACACUUAGCAUCGUCAUCACCGUGUUCGUGCUGAACGUGCACUACCGCACGCCAAUGACCCACACCAUGCCCGAUUGGGUGCGCUCGGUGUUUCUCAAAGUGCUGCCGAAGAUUAUGCUGAUGCGGAGACCAAUUGAUGACGACAGCAAGCCUGGAGGGUUGGAUAUCAGUAGGGAGUCAGGAGGAGCCGGAGGGGGAGGAGGAGGCGGAGGAGGAGGGAAAGGAGGGAAGAGACAAAAGAAUAGCUUAAUGCAGGUCAGAGGAGGCUCUCUCAACUGCCUGGAGUUCGGGGACAGUAAGUUUUCUUCCGCGGAGGGUUGCACCGGUAAGAAAUGCCCUUGUCCCUGUCAGCAUGGGAAGGAGACUCCAGAAACACCAGACUUGGGGAAGAUAACACGUCAGCUGAGUCACCAGAGCAUUAACACCGUGGUGGCUUUUUCUGUGGUGUCACCUGAGAUUAAACAGGCAAUCGAGAGCGUCAAGUACAUCGCUGAGAACAUGAGGAGUCGCAACAAGGCCAAAGAAGUGGAGGAUGACUGGAAGUAUGUUGCCAUGGUGAUUGAUCGGAUCUUCCUUUGGGUGUUUGUGACAGUGUGCAUCCUGGGAACCGUGGGCCUCUUCCUGCAGCCUCUUAUUGGUUUCUUCUCAUAACUGCCAAUCGAUUAGGGUUCACUGUUGCCCUGUGUAGACCGAUCGUUGACAAGUUCCUUACUCUCUGUUCUCAGAUGGCCAAUCAGAAGACCUUAUUUUGAGUUCUAAAGGUCUAUUUGGUGUGCUAGUUUUGCUCCUUGCCUUGUCCAUAGAGCAAAACAUAGACAAAUUGACGAUGAGAAGAAAAAGGGUUUGACAUUUUCUGCGUGACUAAAAAACGCCUUAAUUUUUUUACCCUUUAAGAAUGCUUAUUUUACCUGAAACUGCACUCUGCCUUUCUGAUAACUGUCACAAAACAACAAGUAAUGCAAUUGCUCAAAGUGUGUUUUCUUAGCAUUUUUGAUCAUUUAAACAACUUUAAGAAAAAACCUAUUCAAACUGCAAAAAAUUUACAGUUUACACAAAUCAAAUGUAUCUCUUGUUUUGUCUGUCAGUAUGUGUGACACCAUAUUGUGGAACUGAACAUUGUGCAGUCAAUGCAGCCUGUCCAGAAAUACAAAGCAGUUGCGGAAAUUGCUGAAUUUCAUCCUGUCAUAACUGAAAUAAUUUCUGUAGCAUUAUGUAACUUCCUUUCAUUUUAGCAAAAUGUUUAGUUAGUGUGUUGAAGCCUCAUAAUCUUAUUUCCCACAUGGUUCUAAAGAAGUAUUUUAGGGUUUGAGUCGGAUCAUAACUUUGCACAUCCAGCAGUCCUUCCCGACCGGGUUCCGGAGAAUUCAAAUCUGACAAAUGUUAGCGAGCUAGGAAGCCCGAACCUCCAGACCCUGCAGCAAACAACCCCUCCCCCCAUUGAGCUGACUGGUGAUUGUCAUCCCCACUUCCCAGCUGGAUUCAUCAAGUUGCUCACUGCCAGAGCCGAGCAGGCAUUUUUCUUUUCGUGCCAUUUACAAUUAGAGUUCAGAUUUCUGGCACACUUAGCAGUGCUUUUACCAAAUAAGGACGGGCUGUUCUUCCAUUUUGUAAUUAAAAAACACGUGUUUAUAAAUGUUCUCUGAUUAAUGUUCCCCAAGGUAAUUGGUUGGCCUAGUAAAUAUCGGAUUAAAUGGUACUUGAUUAGUUGUUCCCGAAAUAACAUUUCUAUUGAUUCAGGAGAGGAUUCUUACAUCCAAUUCCAAUUAUUAUUUUUUUUCACUUUUGAUUAAGUUUACUAUUAAGUGCAAACAUGCAACACACAAAACAUGGAUGAUGCUCUGAUCAUGAAUAUGUAUUUGUUGGAUGACGUCACUAUAACAAAACUGUUUACUUUAUUUGAUUAAAUUUGUCCCCAUACCUUUUGUCUAUAUGAUAAGAAAAUGCACAACUCAUGCUAAAGUGGGCAAAAAUGUUUGUGAAAAUUAUUUCAGCCUUUUUUUGUCUUUGAACUUAAAUAAAUGCAAUAUUUGUUCAAAUAAAAUGCAUAACAUUACCUGGUAGAGGUUAAAAGAUAUGCCUUGUGAAAGGGACAUUAGCAUUUUUGCAUACACUUACACUAACACAAUGACUCGGGAGGUUUGCUCAGAUUUUUUUGUUUUCCUUAUUCACAAAACAACAGCCAAUGAGAGAUGUGAUUUAGCCUCCAGUUGCACUGUUUAAGUAAUGUCUAAACUGCAUUAUUAUGCAUCACAUCUUACAUUACAAAUAUGUUUUUCAUGUGAAAAGGUAUUUGCUGAUAAUUUACAGAUUGUGUCAGAACAUUGAGAGUAUAAAGCAAACUCAGAGAGUAGACGUCCAGCCCGAUCUUUACAGACUCUAAGAACGUCUCAUUGAAUGCCUGCUCCGGGACUGAAAAUCAAACAUUUUCAAUGGCGAAUUGUUGUAUACAAAUGUAAUUUAUGGGAGGAAUGGCUGCACGCACACACACGGACGUGGAAGGGAUGAAAGAGCAGUUUGACUCGCUGGAUAAUCUCUUUUAUGGUAAAUGAUGGUGCCAUCCGAGCGCGGAACACAUGGCUGCAGCCCGCAGGCUGCAGAGGCCUCUGUGAAGCAGUGAACAGGGACAGCUAACAGGGACAUGGUGACUGGUGGAGAGAACACACUGUAAUGCUGGGUGACAACUAAUUGUUGCCCGGUGGAUAUGACCUAACAGCGCAAUUGGACGCCAAACUUGGAAAGCCACUUUAAUUGCUUUUCCAGUUUAUAUAAUCUGUAUGGACUCAGUUAACCUAGAGAUAUCAUCUCUCAUUGGCCAAACAGAUUUUGCAGGACCAGCGAGAACACCACUUUUCUCGUCUUAAAUUUGUUAUACUUUUUUUUUUUGCGGCUUUUAGAAAUGUGCCAUGUCAGAUUCAGCAAACAAGAUACAAUAAGUAAAUAACCAGGAUAAAGAGAGUAAAUAGUGUAAUGUAAUAUAACAUUAUUGAUGUUCCAAUAAUACCGCAUAAUUAUAUGCAUCCUGCCACAUAUUUCAUUUGUUGUGGCCUCAGGGCAACAUUGUGGAUUUAGACCACUUAUGUUUAAGCAAUAUCCUGCUAUAGUGAUGAGAUGAUAAUUAUGUGGUAAUUGUUUUUAGUUUUUUUAUCUACUGAUGAUCACAGAAACGGACACAGGAACAUAUUAUGAGCCAAACCAACCGGAUCAGGCACUCGUUUCAGAUACAAAUAAGAGACGAGGAGUCAGUCAGCAAAGUAAUGCAUUUGGGCAUCUGUGUGUGUGUGUAGCCGUGUUUAGCUGUUGGCAUACAUGUCAGUGGAUGAUAAAGAGGUAAUUACCCGUUUAAGUUAGUGCUUCCUGCUUUCUUAUAGGACACAUAUUGUCUGUUAAAUGACGCCGAGUCUGAUGAUGAAGAGGGAGGUUCCACAGCUAUCCUGGUGAAGAACACCACACAUGUAUUGUAUUGUAUUCUUUGAUGUUACCCAGACAUACAUAGACAAAUACAUGAACUCACACUUAACCUAAUUUACAUAUUUUAUGACUGACCCCUAAGCUCACCAAACAUUAAGUGGAAUAUUUUUACCCCCCCCCCCCCCCCAAUAAUGUCAAAAAAGUCAUGCGAUAGAAGGAAGGAAAGAAAACUGAAACAUUUACAGAUGAAAUAACAGAUAUGCUAUGGAUUUGAAUGUAUUGGUCACUCAACAGUCUACAUGAAACAAUAAAUCUCAAAUACGCAUUAUUAAUAAAUAUUCAGGAGGCCAAAUGUGUCUCACGACAUGUAGUCACACGGGAGAUGGAUGGCUUCAUUUGAGGAGAUCACAGGAAAAACACAAUAUCCUGAACUGCCCCUUGAGGGAUGUAAUUAUGCAAACAGCGUAUUGGUGUGUGCAGGAGAGAGAGAGAGAGAGAGAGAGAGAGAGAGAGAGGACUGGCAACAAAAUGACACAACAUUUUAUUAAAUAACUACUGUCUAUAUAAAUGACCCUUGUCUGCAGCAAUCCUCUUGAGUGUAAGUGUUUUGUACCUUGAUACUGAUUUUUUAUGACUUAGUUGGACAUGCUAUAUUAGGAAUUUUUAAGGACUACUACCCACAAGGCAAUGACUAUUUUCAACACACUAAAUAAAAUAGUAUAAAGUCUC